AUGGCGGAGGGGGACGCAUCUAGUGGUGAUAGUGGUAUAGCAGAAACAACCGUAAAACAAGAGGAUAGUGUUAAUUCUAAUCCAUCUCCACCAGUUGAGAACCCAAGUCAAGGAGCAACAGCAGAAAAGGAUUUGCAAGUUGGAACAGAAGAUCCAACAGAAUCUUUGGAUCAGAACUUAAGUGAAUCUUCUGGAUCCGACGACGGCAACCAAGAAGACGGUCCAAAGACAGAAGUAGUACUGGAUCCUAACGUAAUUAGCGAGAAUCCAGCAAAGACAAUGGACGAUAGUGACAGUGCAGCCACCGAGAAAGCCAAGGGAAGUAUUUCUCCACCUAAAACAAAUGGCAAAACUGUGACUGGGGCUCUGUCGGGCUCUCUGUUGAUCCAACAAACCAACGUUUGCAAGGUCAUCAAGGGAGAAAUCCACAAUGUCCUUAACGUUAUGCGAACUGAUGCUCGUUAUGUCUCUCCUCUAAGGUUUAUGGAAGAGCUUCCUACGGAUGAGCAUCAUCCCCUUUUGACUCAAUUGAGGGAUUUGCAUCGUACACUCAGUGAAUGGGAAUUGAACCAUCACAACGAACAACCAAAGGCAAAACUGUAUUUGCCACCAUUUUGUGCUGCCGUUCAAGGCCGUGACAUUUCUGCUAGUGUUACCGGUGCUGCCUUGCACUCCAUUCACAAAUUCAUGUUGUAUGGCUUUUUGGCGAACGAAGGUGCGGGACCUUACACCAACAUUGCCAAAACAUUGCUGAAUUGUACUUUCGAGGAAUCAGUGGUCGACCCAGAGGAAGAGGAGUUGAAUGGAUCCGCUACUUCACAAAAUCACGAUGAUGAGCAGGUGGUUCUCAAGUUGUUGGAUCUUUCGGCUUUGGUGGUCCGUUGUUCCUCUCUCGAACUGGAACCAGAUAUUAUCGUGGGACUCUUGGAUACCUGUUUGCACGUGUCUCAUCGUGCCAAGCGGGCUUCUUCCUUGCUCAAGAGUGCGGCGGCAGAUGCUCUCAGACACAUUGUUUUAGAAGUCUUCUCCCAACCAGAUCUCAUGAAAGCUCGAGUGGCCAUCCUUAACAAGCUGGCAUCGCUACUCAAUCCACAAAAGAACGCAGAAUCCUACGUCGUGAAUUCUCUCACUUUGGUCAAUAUUGCCUUGGAAACCAUGAAUGGAGACCCCUCGCAAGAGGAAAUCAACAUUUUGCAAAACGAUAUGUGCAAGUUCUUGCUGGCUUGGAGUACAACUCACGAUUUGGUCAUUUUGAGUUUGACCAUGAGAGUCAUUUUCAAUCUCUUUCAAACGAUUCGCAACCAUCUCAAGAUUCCUCUUGAGGUGUUUUUAACUUCCGUUCACCUUCGAAUCUUGGAGCACUCAUCCAACCACGAGGAGCGAGAGGUCGCAUUGGAGUCCCUGUUGGAAUUUUGUCAGGAACCCGCUCUCAUCAAGGAUUUGUAUCUGAACUACGAUUGCGAUGUUAACUGUACCAACUUGUACGCCAGCAUCUGUACCACUUUGGGGAAUUCGGCGGCACCAGGAACUUUCACCGAGAGAAGUGUUGCAGUCGAAUUGGACAAUACCUUGUCGGCAAACAGCAACCCCAAAGGAAGCCUGGCCCAAAAGGCAGCCAUUGCUGCAGCAGAGGUCCCAGUGAAUGCCUUGAAUACCUUGGCAUUGGAAGGUUUGCUCACCAUUGUCGAUUCGAUUGCUCGGCGAUGCAAAAAUACACCUAAGGGUGGAAAGACUGAGAAGCGAUCUUCGCAAAAGCUGAAUCCAGAAUAUACAGAAGAAGUGGAGGAAGCGGGCAUCGAAAAACUAACUGAAGAACAAGUGCAAGAGCGGAAGAAACAAAAAGCUAAUCUCAGUAAGAUUGCUACAACAUUCAAUACUGGAAAGACGAAGGAUUGGAUGAAGACUGGCAGAGAACUCAAGCUUCUGGAUGGAACUCCCGAGAGUGUGGCUCGCUUGUUGUACAAGGCACCUGGUUUGGACAAGAACAAGUUGGGAGCCUACCUCGGAAAGGGUCCCGAGGAUGCCUAUCCCUUUGAACACAAGGUUCGAUUGGCAUUUGUCAAGUACUUUGACUUUACCAAAGAGUCUGCCUUUGCACAGAACUUGAGAUUGUUUUUGCACAAGUUCCGCAUGCCUGGUGAAGCUCAAAUGAUUGAUCGAUUCAUGGAAACCUUCUCCAAGGAGCUGUACUUGCAGCAAACUGGGGUCGGCUCGUGUGUUUUUAAAAAUGCCGAUGCUGUCUUUAUUUUGGCCUUUUCUACAAUCAUGCUGAAUACUGAUUUGCACAACCCACGGUACAAGGGAAAGCGAAUGACUUGUGAUCAAUUCAUUAAGAACAACAAGGGAAUCAACAGCGGAGAAGAUCUUCCCGAAGAUUUGCUCACACAAGUCUACACACAGAUCAAGGAGACCGAGCUGCAAGUCCAACGUGAAAUUGGUGACUUGAUGACCCAUGCUGAUGCCCAAGAUGCCGAGAACUUCCGUUCGGCAUGGUCUGAUCUCUUGUCCCGCAAGGAUGUUGCUGAAGCAGCUUUUACCACACCUGAGGACGCCCGCAAGACCAUGUUCCAAGCUGGAGUUCAUGAGAAGGACAUGUUCAUUGUUAUUGCCAGACCCGCACUCAAGGCAAUAUCAAGCUCCUUCGUCCGUUCGUGGGAUGAUACCUGUGUGCUGCAAGCACUCCAAGGUCUUGAGCAAAUAUCCAGAAUCAGCAUCUACUUUGGGUUGGAUCGAAUCUUGAACGAUGUCAUUUCCUUCUUGCUUCAUCAAGGUCGCGAGUUCAUCACUGGAUGCAUAUCCUUGGAGUAUGCUGGAAUUGAUAGUGGUGCUCCCAUAUCUCCGAAUCCCGAUUCCGAAGACGACGAGACUAUGAGUCUGGUGGACACGGAAUCUCCGAUACCACAUGCCUUGCUUAAGGUCAGAGACUACUCGAUGCUUCCCAAGAAGAUAGACUUGGCCGGUACAGCGGCGUACCGAGGACUCUUGACACUGAACAUGGGUCUGAGAAUUGUCCGAAUGCUCUUUCCUCGCGUCAAGGAUGCUUGGCCCAAGUUGGUUGGUGUUCUGGCCUCUUUGCGGGAUCUCAGAGCACUACCUCCCGGUCUUUCAGAUCUGGAUGACUUUGCUGAUAGCGAUGGCAACGUUCUGCCGUUGUCAGAAUUUGCACAAGAAUCUCAAAGGAAGCUAGACGAGUACUACCGAGGGGUCACCUCUCGCGGGUCGGGCGGGGACCAGCAAGCCCAAAGUUGGUUCAGUCUGGGUAUUUUCGGUGAGGAAGAUGAGAAUGGAAACAAGCCAGAACCAAAAUUGAUGAACCAAAGCCCGAAUGGUGUCAGAUUAGAGAACUCGGCAAAUGCCAAGCUGUUGCGAGAGAUUGGACAGAAGAACGAGAUCGAAAAGCUAAUGGUAUUUGGUCCCAACGUGAAACUACCACUCUUGAAGCAAAGUAUUUCAGGUAUUCUCGAUUCGAUUGGAAAGUAUCCUGUUCCUGGAUCACCAACCUACGAGCAACAUUCCGCCUUUGCUUUGGAGCUUGCAGUGCGGGCUCUCUUUGCUAACCGCGAGCGCGCAGGAGAAAUCUUUCCACUCUUCUUUGCCAAGUUUGCAUCAGUGGCCGAGGAUAUCAAUAUGGAAUCACAAGUGGAGGGUCCAUUCCUUGUGGAGCGAAUUGCGAUCACCAUUCUUCGGUCUGUGAUCCAUUUGUAUUCUGUGGCAGCGCUUCGUCCUAAGUUGAAGGCUUCAUUGUUCUUCAUCCCUGCGUUCCCAACGGAUCAGUUCAUUGGAAAGAUUGCCGAUCGAAUGGCUUGUGGUUUGGCAAUCAUUUUGCGGUCGAUGUAUUUCCUAUUCAAGUCACCAGAGGAAUGGAAAUUCUUUGGAGAUUCGUUCGAUGUAUUGGCACAGUACGCAGAAGGUCGACUAUUGGUCUUUGAUGGUAUGGCAUCGACGAUCGAGUUUGCAGUUCCUGAACUCCCCAAGGGAGAGAACGAAGAUAUUGGCAUUGAAGAGUACGAAGAUCUUAUGGAAGAAAAGAAGACUCUCUCGUUCGCAGCUUGCGCUGCUUUGCAGGGCGUGAUGUUCAAGUUCAUCUACGGCUCUUACAAGAAGGAUACUACGUUUGCACUUCCUGCUAUGGUUUGCAUCGAACGCACCUACAAGCACAUGGUCAAAUUGUUGCUCAUCCGACAGUUCAACAAAGACCCAGAUGCCGACCUAGAAUCUGUUCCAGACAAGGACUUGUGGUAUCGGGUGGCUAUGGCUAUGUACAGUGUUUGUGCUGCAUCUGAUCCCAAGACCUCUGAAGAGGGACUGCAUACCGCUCGUCGUCAUAUGAUCACUUCCAUCUUCAUGGAGGAGAUUCCCGAUGAAAAGUGGAGGACCCUGCUGAACACAAUGAUUGGGAAGCAACCCCCGCUGACCGAUAUGUCAUCCCGUGUUAACACGUUUUCGUUAAUUGGACAGUUGAUGAUUCGAUUGUUCCCCAUCAUGACGAGAAGAAAGCAGAACUGGAAGGACUUGACCGACAUCACAAAGAAUAUUAUCCUCAUCGCUGAUGAGAAUCUCCGGGCUGGCAAAGAAGGUGGAAAGGCAACAAGAAGUAUGUUUGUCUUCACGGUGAAGAUUGUAACAGAGCUUGCCAACCAACUUUCGUCUCCUGCGUUUGGUGGAGAAAAGAGAUAUUGUGCUUGGGCAAGCGAAACCUUUGCCAAGGUGCUCGAUAAAUGGGGAGCAGCCAAGGGCCUUACGAACAGAAAGAAGACGGAUCCUGGAGCAGCACCAGAAGCAGCACCAGAAGCAGAUGGAGCGUCACCAUCAAAAGAUGCAACCUUGGUUAAGGGUGAGCGUGACGUGACCCAGCUUUCUGGAGCUGUAUAG